AUGGCAAACACCACAGUUCAGCAUAAAGUGGCGAUGGAAGGGGAGGCUUUUGGUUCUUGGAUGCUUGUCCAGCGUAACCAGCGAGGAAGAAAGAAGGUCGUGAAUUCAGCUAUGGAUGCUGCAAUCAAGGAGAAGGCUCAUGAAGUGCAUUCAAUUCCGAGCAAAAAAUCCGCACCUGGUGUAAUUGCCAAUAAUGGGGGGAAAAAAUCUGGUGCUGUCAUGCAAGUUAAUGCCAAUUUAGGAGGAGUGAAUACAGUUUCAAAAGAUGAUAACGUUGCAAGGAUGUCUAAUCAUCAGGAUUUUAAUGCAAUUAAUUUGCAGAAAUCAAGCAACAUUCCUGAUUUGAAUCAGUUAACCAUCAUGGAUACGUCAGCGCAAAAUAUUCCUCAGCCAGCUAAGCAUAUGGGUGAUCUAAUUAAUAGUCUGACUAAGCCUUCGAUUGGGGCCCAGGAAAAAAAGAACCAAGAAGAUCAACUCCUGCAGAAUGGGAGCGUUAAAGUUUCUAGAAAAAAUAAACAACAGAUACCGAAGAAGACUGGGGCGGUGAAGGAAUCUUUUGUUCUAAAGAAAAAACAAACGGGUCUUGCAGUAUCUUCUAAGUCUUUCAAGCUUCCCUCUAAACCUCAAUCUUUAUCGAGGGAAUCUAAGGAGAGAAUUUUUUUGAGUUUGACUAAAGGUGAUACAAACAUGUUUCUCAAUGAUAUAGCUCGUAACGUGAAUCCUUCUCCAAGCUCGAAUCUGGCUCUUAGUUCCAUUUCCGGGAAACAGGAGAAUGGUCAGCUUCUUGAGAGGGGCCAGCAAAAUGGAAAAAUCUUAAUACCGGACGAAGAGUUUAAGGAGACUAAUGAACCCCCUGAUGCUUUGGUUAAAUCGGUGUUAGGCAAUCAGGCUCACAACAAUUUGGUGGAUUCGGAUGGUGCUUCCAUUUCGGGAGAUUUAAGUGUGCAAACUAGGGGCUGGAAAAAAGGGCUUUUCCCCCCUAAUAAAAGACCUCACAAGAAGAUAUCGUAUUUGUAUCUUAGUGCUUUUGGAAACCCGUAUUGGUGGACUGCGUGCAAAGCAGGAGGCAUAUGGAUUCUUUGGAAUUCAUCAGAAGUGAAUAUCCAAGUUCUGCAUACUGAUCAUCAAUUUAUUCAUUCAAAGAUAAGCUGGCUUAAUUAUCAUAAGCAGGAAUUUUUCACCUUUGUUUAUGCUAGUCCUCGGCGUCAAGAGCGUCAUGCUCUAUGGGAUGCUUUGGAGAAUAUUCAGCCGCAAAAUAAUAAUGAAUGGUGCAUUAUGGGUGAUUUUAAUACUUACAUUCACUCGGAGGAGAAGAGGGGGAGUUCAGUUCACAAUUGGAGGAGCAUGCAGGAUUUUCAAGAUUGUCUUAUGUCUUGUCAUCUUAGUGAUCUGGGGCACCAAGGUCCGAGUUUUACUUGGAGAAGAGGUAAUCUUUUGGAGAGACUUGAUCGUGCUUGUGUAAAUCAAAGCUGGAACAUGUCAUUUCCGAACAGAGUUAUCUCUCACCUUCCUUUUUAUAACUCUGAUCAUCGUCCAAUCCUUCUUUGGGAUGGACAACCAAAUUUUAGUAAUGGAGGGGCUCGUCCUUUUCGUUUUCUAGCGGCUUGGUUGACUCAUAAUUCUUUCUCUGAUCUAGUGAAGAGGUGCUGGGCAGGUGGUCACAAUUGGAAAGCAUCUAGUGAAAACUUUCGAGAGAAAGCCACAUCCUGGCAUAAGGAUUGUUACAAGGAGGAGGAGAAGUUAAAAAAUAAUCUUCAUUCUCGCCUCCGUGGAAUUGAUUAUAGCUUAAGUCAACAUCCUUGUCAUUCUCUGGAGAGGCUGCAGAAAGAGAUCUGGCAACAGUUAAAUACUAUUUAUCUUAGAGAAGAGAUUACAUGGUACCAAAGAUCUAGAACUGACUGGAUUCGGUUUGGUGACCGUAAUACUAAAUUCUUCCAUUCAGCAACAGUUGCCAGGCGUAGGAGGAAUAGGAUUGAUGCCCUUCAAAAUGAUGUCGGGGAUUGGAUUGCUGACCCUUCUCUUCUCAUGAGUAUGGCAGUGGAAUACUAUGAUAAUUUAUAUAAGGAAGAUAUUCCUCUCCGGCCUAAUUUUCCCAUUAGGAACAAAUUCCCAGAAAUGGAAAGGAGAGUUAUGAUGGCUCUUGAGAGCUGCCCUAGUAGUCAAGAGAUUAAAGGAGUAGUGUUCUCAAUGGGGCCUUUUAAAGCGCCUGGUGUUGAUGGUCUUCAUAGCAUAUUUUUUCAAAGCCAAUGGGAUGUAGUGGAGAGCUCUGUUUGUAAUUUCAUUAAGGGAGUCUUCAAUGAUCCUAGUCGUAUAGAAGAAGUGAAUCAGACUCUUCUUUGCUUGAUUCCUAAACUUGAGAAUCCUCAUACUUUCAAGGAUUUUCGUCCGAUUAGCUUGUGUAAUGUUAUUUAUAAAACGGUAACAAAAAUUGUUGCUAACCGUUUAAAAUUGCAGAUGGACAAGCUGGUGAUGCCUAAUCAGUGCAGUUUUAUCAGAGGUAGACAAGGUACGGAUAAUGUCAUAAUUGCUCAAGAGCUAAUCCAUUCAAUGAGGAAAAAGAGAGGAUCUAAAGGUUGGAUGGCGAUCAAGGUUGAUCUUGAGAAAGCAUACGAUAGGAUCAGUUGGAAUUUCCUUCAGGAUACCCUAUAUGAUGUAGGGCUUCCUGAAAAUUUGAUAAGACUAAUUAUGUUGUGUGUUUCAUCUUGCACUAUGAAUGUUCUUUGGAAUGGGGCUUGUACUAAAGAAUUUCGGCCAACUAGAGGCUUAAGACAAGGAGAUCCUCUUUCUCCUUAUCUUUUUGUCCUCUGCAUGGAAAGACUAGCCCAUCUCAUUUCUCAGGCAGUGGAUCACAGGAGGUGGAAGCCAGUGAGGAUUAAAAGGGGAGCUCCACAAAUUUCCCACUUAUUUUUUGCUGACGAUCUCCUUUUGUUUGCAGAAGCUUCUCAGGAGCAAGUGUUAAUAAUUCAACAGGCCUUACAUAUAUUUUGUGAUUCAUCUGGUCAAAAAGUCAAUCAUAGUAAGACUAGAGUUUUCUUUUCUCAGAAUGUGGGUCAUACUCAAGCAAACCAUCUUAGUGGGCUUCUUGGUUUUUCUUUGACUGCGGAUCUUGGAAGAUACUUGGGAAUUCCUUUGCAUCAUAAGCGAGUGGGUCGGUCAUCUUUCUCUUAUGUUUUGGAUCGAAUGAAUUCUAGAAUUGCUGCUUGGAAUCAUGCCAGUCUAUCUCUAGCAGGUCGUGUUACAUUAUCUAAAGCAGUGUUAUUAGCAAUCCCAUCAUAUCCAAUGCAGGUGUGUUCAUUACCGCAAGUCACCUGUGAAGAGAUUGAUAGGAAGAUUCGAAAUUUUGUUUGGGGUUCAUCUCCACACUCUAGACGUUCUCAUCUUGUGGCCUGGAAGCAGAUUUGCAUGGAUAAAAAAAAUGGAGGCCUUGGACUGCGGAGUAUGAGGGAAAUGAACUCAGCAUUUAUCAUGAAGGUUGGGUUCAACCUCGUAGCUCAUCCAGAUGCCUUGUGGUCAAAGUUCUUACGUGCUAAGUACAAUGUGGAGGCAGGCAUGACACCAAUUAUUCAUGCUCCAAACAACAGCUCCCAGCUUUGGAAGGGAAUUACGCGUCAUUGGAAUAUUAUAAUGGAUCAUAGUCGGGUGCAGUUAGGCAAUGGUCAGUCCACUAUGUUCUGGCUUGAUAGCUGGCUGCCCGAUUGUGGUCCUUUGAUCUCAUAUGCAGGUUCUCAGUUUUCUAUUAGUGAUACUCUUCAGAAGGUGGUGGACUACGUGGAUGAAUUGGGGCAAUGGAAAUGGAAUUCUCUUCGACAAUUGCUUCCAGAUUCUGUGCUGCAUCGAUUUAUGAAUUUUCUUCCUCCUUCUAGUCAAGAUGGCCAGGAUCAUUUAAUUUGGAAUGGAACGACAGAUGGCAAGUUUACUGUUAAGUCAGCAUAUGCAAUAUUAGCCAUCAAAGAUACUACAAUCCAACAGUUUCCUUGGGAAAGUGUUUGGAGAUGGCAGGGGCCAGAAAGAAUUCGCUUUUUUCUUUGGUUAAUGGCAGGGGAGAAGCUGAUGACUAAUGUUUGUAGACUCCGCCGCCAUAUGGCUCUUUCAGAUCUGUGUCCUAGAUGUAAUCAGUCUAGUGAAACUAUCCUUCAUACUAUUCGCGACUGUCCACAAUCAAAGGAAGUAUGGUGCAUGAUAAUGCCUCAUAUAAAUCAGCGUGAAUUUUUCAACCUCAACCUGCACAAUUGGAUCAUUUCUAAUUUAGACAGCUCAAAGGAUUGGGGGAUGGGGUCGGACUGGCCUCUUUUAUUUGGAAUCUUAGCCUGGAAAAUUUGGAAAUGUAGGAAUUCUUGGGUUUUUGAAGGUGAUCGCCAGAAUGCUUAUUCACUUAUCCGUUCAGCAAUUGGUUUCAGAGAUAGUGUCGCUCUUGCAGCUAACCCUGUUUUUGGAGCGGGCAAUCAACCAAGGAAUCGAAUAGAGAGAUUGGUUGCUUGGUGUUGUCCUCCUGUGGAUUGGGUUAAGCUUAAUGUUGAUGGUGCAUGUGAUGCUAAUGGUACUAGGACUGGGUGUGGAGGAGUUUUUCGCGAUGCCUCAGGAACUUGGAUCGUCGGAUUCUGUAAAAAUUUAGGCUCAGGUACAGUUUUGCAUGCUGAGUUAUGGGCUUGCUUGGUUGGUUUGGAGCUAGCUUGGGAUAGAGGUUUUAGGCAAGUUUGGCUCGAAGGAUAUUCUCUUUCAGCUCAACAGCUCAUUACAAAUGGGUGCCACCAUGAUUACCCUGCGGCUAAUUUGGUGAAUCGUAUUCGAAAUUUGAUGCAGCGAGAUUGGCAGAUUUAUAUGUCUCACAUUCACCGUGAAGGAAAUAGAGUAGCGGACUUUCUAGCCUCUUACUCUUAUGGUUUCUCUUGGGUAAUUCAGGAAUUUGAUUGUCCACCGUCAGGUUGUAUUGAUAGUCUGUAUGGUGACAUUAUAGGUGUUCACUGGUCUAGGCUUUGUGCCUAG